AUGUCUAGUAGACUAUUUAAUUAUUUAAAAAACGAUUUACUAGUCAUUAAUUAUCAACAACUCCGACAUGGACAUAAAAUUCGAGGUAAACCUCCUGGAGUGGCAAGAACUCUCAAACAACGUUUAGAAGAAAUGAGGCGUACGGAUCCGGAAUUGGAUUUCAAAGUUGAUAUUGGAUUUAAGCCGAUAAAAUUAUCAAGGAGGGAAACUACUACGAGUUAUAUGGAAUAUGUUAAGGAAGUGCGAAAAAAUCCAGAGUUAGAAAGAAAAUCGCGUAGAAAAGAAUUGAUACUUGAUUUGGAGGACAUAAAAACGGACUGGUCGACCACAAUAGCACCUUACCAAAUAAAAACCAUUGCUGAACACUACAACAUUUUCUCUGAUUUAUUCGGAGAUGCAUACUUCUACCCCUCACUACCGAUGGAUAUAAAAUAUGAUAACAACGAUGAAUUUAUUCCAACAGUCCACCGAGGUAAUUUAUUAAAAGCAUCAGAUACCCAACAAGUGCCUAAAAUAAACUACAAAGCAGCACCUGAUUCUCUUUGGACUUUGUUGCUCACUACACCUGAUGCUAAUUUUACAAGCAGGGAACUUGAAUAUUGUCAUUGGUUCAUUGGGAAUAUACCGGGAAAUGAUAUCGACAAAGGCGAUCUUUUGAUUGAUUAUAUGAGACCUAUCCCUCCUAUGGGAAUCGGAUUAUGCAGAUAUAUUUUUAUUCUGUAUAAGCAAAAUAAACAGAUAGAUUUUUCUGAAUAUCACAAGGAGGCGCCUUGUUUAGAGUUGGAAAAGCGUAACUGGAAAACGAUAGACUUCUACCGUAAAUACCAAGAUAUUAUAACUCCAGCAAGCCUGGCAUUUUUCCAAACUGAGUGGGAUCAGAGCUUGCAAGAUUUUUACCAUCAUACUUUAAAAAUGAAAUCUCCAAAGUUUGAGUACGAUUUUCCACCGCCGUACAUUCGUCCUCAAGAGUGGUUUCCCAUCAGACAACCAUUCAAUUUAUACAUGGAUCGUUAUCGGGAUCCUAAAGAUAUAAACAAAGAUUUCUUAAUGAAGAAGUUACAGAAAACGCAUCCAUUUAAGGGACCUGAACGACCAUUGAAGUAUCCACGAGCUUAUGCCUUCGACAGAGAUAUGCCAUCGUGGUUGAAAUUAGAAUUGUCAAAAGAACAAUUGAAACAAGGAAGAAUUAAUGAUAUUGAAUAAGUAAAAAUUAAUACGUUAUUAUAUUGUACAAUAAAUAA